AUGGACAUAGAAUUGUUGGCCGUCCUUGUUGAGCAUCACAACAAUGGUGACCAUGCUCAAAAUGGUUGGAAGCCACAUGUGUAUAAUGCUUGCAUUAAGCAUGUCAAGGAUACAUGUGAUGUUGACAUUACGAAGGAAAACAUAACAGGAAGAAUCAAAACAUUUGGCAAGCAGUAUGAGAUCAUUACCAAGAUGCUUGCACAGAGUGGCUUUGGAUGGGAUUGA